UUUUUCACUGCUUGUGUCACAAUCCCUCAGGUCAUUCUGUACUCCUGCUAAGGAUAAGUUAAAAAAGCAAUACCUGUCAGGUGGAAGUGAGUGCUGUUCUCCUAUUGGCUGGUAGCGCUUUAGGGGGGAACUCAUCAUACUUCCCUUUAGGAGCUAAAGCAGUGGUUACAGCUCCUGUGGAGGAAGCAUUCAGUCUGUACCAGAGGUCGGGUUGGGAAAACGGUCAGAACUAACCUGAGUUACAACACUUGUUCCUGGACAAACAACAAAGAUGGCCUCCGUUGCACCGUUCAGCCGCAAGCAGUGGGCAUCACAGUCACUGAGGGUCACGGCCAAAGAGCUGUCCAUCGUCUCUACUCGGGGCAGAAACACCGCCAUCGCAGAACGCUUCUCCAAGUACCAGAUGGCAGCAGAGGAGGGAAUUGCAGAGAGGAAAAGAACGGUUGUAGAACCUCUUCCGUCGUCAUUGUCUGGCGGAAAUCUGAGCAUCUUAAAGAAACAUUGGGAGCAGCAACAAUCAUCCAACCACAGAGCCCCACCUCGCAACCCCACUGUCACUCGGAGCCUAAGCAAUUCAUCCCCACUCCCUAAACCUGCACCUUCAUCUCUUAUCCAGACCCAAACUAAGAUCCUGAGAGCUGCAAAAUCCUCUCUGGACCACAAUACAGUGCUAGAGGCGCGGGUUCAUUCUGAGACCAGAACCAACCAGUUGACGGAGGAGCCUGAAGACAUGAUGGAGAUGGAGGCAAAGCCCAGUAAAGAUUUGGAGGGGGAGGGUGCAGCAGCAGCUGAGGUGUCUGACAUCGAGAAGCCCAGUGUUCCCAUCAACAGUCUGAAGAUGAUGUUUGAGAGAGGAGAAAGCCCUGAUAAUGGAUCCAAAGGGCAGACGAGUCGAGCAAUCGCAGGCAGUAACUCUUCAAACAUGGACCAGCUUCUAGGAGAUGGAAGUCUUGCUGAAUCCACUCCUCUCCGUGACAGGAUGGCCCUCUACAAAGCUGCCAUCUCCAAACAGGAAGUCGCUAGCGAUCAUCUAGACGGGUUUUGUGGAAAACAGAAGGAAAACGUCCCUCCCUGCUCUGUGGCAAUGAGUCCAGAGUCUGAACCAAAUGGCAGGAGAGUCUUUACCUCAGAAAGCAACGGCUCUGGUCCAGGGUCUCCAUCCCCCAGCCAGAAGGACUCCCCUUACCCAAAGACCCCCAAGAGUUUCCACCUGCCUGUGAGGGAGACCUGCGUGUCGUGUCAGAAGACGGUCUAUCCUCUGGAGAGGCUGGUGGCCAACAAGGACGUGUACCACAGCUCAUGCUUCCGCUGCUCGCACUGCAACACCAAACUCAGUUUGGCGAACUAUGCCUCUCUGCACAACAACAUCUACUGCAAACCUCACUUCUGUCAGCUCUUCAAGGCCAAAGGAAACUACGACGAGGGCUUCGGCCACCGGCCUCACAAAGAGCAGUGGGAGAGCAAAGGUGAAGGAGAGGAGAUUUCACCCGAGUCCAGCCCUGAGAUCAAGCCAAAGGCCCAGAGCCCAUCACCAGACCAGGAGAGCCCCAGCGUGGAGGACUCCCCGCUGGCCAAAGUGCUCGUCCUGACUGCCACCAUGGAGGCUCUAGGACAGGCAACACCAGAGAAGACUGAUAGACCAGCAGAGACCCGGCGGCUGAAGAUCUCCUGGCCCCCACGAACGGAGUCGGAGGACAUACCCAAUCGCAGCGGGGCCACAGACGGGGGCUCCGCCACUAAGCCCAUCAAAGCCAAGUGGCCUCCAGAGGAGGAAUCUCCAUCCUCACCCACUGAGCAGACCCGAGGCUCUCCUUCUCUGCUGCAGAGUUUCUCCCUGAAGGAGCGCAGCGUUGCCUACUCAAUGGCAGCACAAUCCGACAGGAGUCAGAGCCCUCCUCCUGCAGAGGAGCUGCAGCUCGAGCCUGAAGCCUCCAGCAAGGAGCAACAGCACGACAGUCCUGAAGAUAGCUGUGUGGAUGUACAGAGCGGCUCCGGAGAGGAGGAGCAGGAGGGGGAGAUGAAGAGGUACACAGCUGAAGAAGUGGAGCAGAUGGAGGAGGAGGAGGAGGAGGAGGAAGUGCCUGUGAAGGGUCAAGAGAGUCCAGCAGAGCCAACAGCCAUCUCCUCUCCUGAAGAGGAGGUGGAGGCCAGCCGGUCGACUCAGGAUGUGGGCUUCUGGGACAGCGACGAGGUCGACAAUAAAGAGGAGGAGCAGGAGGAGCUGAGCGUGGAGGAGAUGAUCAAGCGAAACAGAUACUAUGGUGAAGAGGAGGAACAGGAGGAGGAGGAGGAGGAGAAUGUAUAAAGUGAAUUAUAAGCUUGUCAGGACUUCUGACCAUUCCUGCUUCUUUUUAAAGGAUGGUGUUAUAUCGAGCUCUUUUCAUGUGCCUCACUGAACAGUCUGAACCACCUAAAGCCCUUCUUAGUUGAGUUUUUAUAAGAAAUUAGCAAAAACCUUCGGAUGACUUGUUGCUAUUUUCAUGAAAUGUUUAGUAAUCUGCUUGAAACUGCCGUCUAUCAGCUCUGCUGGGUCUUAUUGUAGCAAACUUCUGACUCAUUUACAUUUGAAUAGAUUUACAACAAAACAACGUUGCUAACGAGGGGAAACCAUCCCCUGAAUCCUGCUGGGUUCAGCCGUCUACGUAGAGAAUCUGUUCUCCAGUUUCUGAUGUUGAGUCUUCAUCUUCUGUCACUUUGAACCUUUGUUUCAAUUUUAAAUAUUUAGAACUGGAUGUAAUGAUGAAUGUUUGUUUUUAAAGCCAGGGGAGAAGAAAAAUCCCCAACUGCUACUGUUUAAAUAAAUUGUUUAUACACAAA